AUGACCAAGGAGAUGACCUGGGGGAUGGCCAAGAAGCCCUGGAUCGCCGCCCUGCUGCGCGGCUACGGGCAGCCCGAGGGCGCCGAGGCGCUGCUGGCCGGGCAGGUGCUGCGGGUUUUGAGUGACCCAGGUGCUGCAGGGCAAGACGGGGUGCUGCAAGAUGCUGUCCUGCAAGUCUCAGAUGGGUCCUACUACAUCCGCGUGGUCCUUACGCCAGAAGCUCUGCAGGCCGAAGAAAAUUCCCAUGUGCAGCUCAAGUUUUCCAGCCUUGUCUGCAGAAUCAUCGUCUUGCAGAAGUACUCGGUGUGUUUCCGGGAGGAGGCCAGGCUGGAGGACUGCGAGUUCUUUCUCACCGUGCAGCGGUUCAUUGUGCUGCCCAUGGAGAGGCAGAGGCUGGAGUCGUCGGAUGGGAACCGGGAGCCCUCGGUGGUGCAGAAGAUAAAGGAGCUGUGGCUGAGGAGCCUGUCCCUGAAGAGUGACCCCAGCUCAGAGCCAUCCAUCUCUCAGCUCAUUGAUGCAAUAGGGCAGAACAAGCUUGAGGUUCUGAAGCAAAAUGCYGAGGAGUGCUUGGAUUUACAGAUGCCCAAGGAGCUGCCAGCAGCAGAGAAGGAGCUUCUUGUGACCCAGUGGGAGGCCGAGCGCAAGAAAGAGGCACAUGAGGAUGUCUUCAUGGUCCCAGCCAACAUCCUGGUGAUCCCUCCUGAGGAGGCAGCUUGCGCUGCCUCCCAUGCAGAUGCUUAUGAAAUUACUCCUGGGAAGAGCAGUGAUGAGCGGAUGGUACCAGUUGACCAGAGUGUUGUAUCUCAAGUCAGCCCUGUGGAGUCAACAGCAUUGUCACAGAACUCGGAGGCAUCUCUGGACAACCCCUGGGACAGGCUCCCUCCCAUGUCCUUGACUCUGAACUCCUCGGAAGAGAAGUCAUUUCAGUCUGGCUCUCCACAUGCCCCAGAGGCCCAGCUGAACGUGGCUGCUGACAGCAACACCCCCGACUUGCUGGAGUCCUCGAGCCAGGACGUGCUGCAGGACGCCCCGCUGGAGACGUCGUCGCCGUCGCUGCUCUGCUCGUACGGCGACGCUGCGGAGGCCGGCACGUCUCGAGGGACACCAGCUGCAGAGACCACCGGCAGAGCCCCUGGUGCUGCUCAAGGCCCCCAGGUGUCAGGAUGUUUCCAGGCUGAAAAUUUGUCCCUCUCUCCGGCCUUUCCUGUCCUGCCCAGCAGCYGCUUGGCAUCCGAAGCUGUGGGGGCACCUCACAGACAGCAGGCAGAUUCCAGCGGCGCAGCUUUCCCUCCGGAUGCGGACAAGGUUGGCCUGUCCCGUGCUAGGACCGAGCAGGGAGAAGCCCCACGUGGCAGCAGACAGUCUGUGGGUGCCAAGAGGAAGCUCUUGGUGGGAGAUGGCCACRCGCUGCCUGACGUUCAUAGGUCCCCCGGGGGCCAGCAGGACAAGCAGCAUUCCAGGGGUGCCCCCUCGGGCAGCGAGAGCGACACGAGCAGGAACCAGGGAGCAAAGAGGAGCAGGAAAGAAAAGACCAGGCUGCAGCGUGAGGAGGAAGCUCCUGCGGARGAGGCUGAGCAGGCAGCCUCAGCGAGCGGGCUGGCCUCCACGCGAGAGCAACGUGAAGUUCUGCAGCCGUACGUGAACGACAAGCCGCCCCAGUACAAAUACGAGCCCCCAUCGCCUGAGCUCUGCGAGCAGAUAAGAUCUGUCAGGAUCUCGAAGGCAAUGCUGAAGUGGGCCUGCUGGAUCCUCACUGAGGGGGACGCGGACUCCUGAGCCAAGACCACGCGGAGCCCGAGCGCGCUGCGAGCGGCCUCUCGUCUUACUUGUUCACCAGUUCUCCUCAAGAAGCUCUACUUAGAGCAGGGGAAGCGGGGACACAACCAGAGCCAUGUUCCUAAGGGGACAGCUGCAUGGUGCUGACCUUGCUUUGGAGACCCUGGUUGCAGAGAUGCUGGGGACGUGACCUGUUAGUGGUCAGCACCAUCCCGCUGAGCGAGGGAAGGGCUCCAUGCAGCAGGGCUGCUGGGGAGUGACUUAGCACAGGGCCUGUUGGUGAGUUAGCCUCCUUUUCCCACCUCCUUGGMAUGCUCUUCCUUGCUGGAAGCAUCACAGCCUGGCUGUGAUGACCUGGCCUGGCCAGCAGAAAGGGGACUUGUUGUGGUCCCGCUGUAGAGGCAGCGGUGAGGGCAGGGAUGGAGCCUAGGGGCCCUGCAAGCUGAUCUCCUUUCUGAAGUCAGUGCAGUAGUUCGGAGGUUUAUUGAUUGGUUGGGGUAGGGUCCUGUGCU